ACCCGUUUCCUCUUUAGGUUCAAACCCCGGCAAAUUGAAGUACGCAUAGAACUUCUAUUACUUGUGUGAAAGUGAAAUCUCUCAUCAAGAGACAGACCCAGAAACGCGCAAUUGAAGUUCGCGCAUCUCUUUUUCGCUUGCCGUGCUUCCGAUUCUCAGCGGUCUCUCCUACUUCUGAUUCUUUAUCUACUUUCGUAAACGUAUAAGAAUACUGGGAAAAGAAAACCAUGUCGUUCAAAGGGUUGAAAAAAACGCUUGUGAGAGCGCCGCAGUCUCUUCGCCAGAAAAUGAACAUGGGUGAAAUUACCCAAGAUCCCGUGUACAUGGAUGCUGAAAGGCGUUUCAAGGAGUUGGAGAUCGAAACGAAGAAACUCAGCGACGAGUCCAAGCGGUAUUUUACUGCUGUCAACGGUAUGUUGGACUUCCAGAUCGACUUUUCGAAGGCAAUCGAGGAGAUCUACAAGCCCAUCAGUGGCCGUUUGUCGGAUCCAAAUGCCACUGUUCCUGAGGACAACCCCGAAGGUAUCAAGGCGGCAGAGCAAUAUCGAGAAGUAGUGAAGGAAUUGAAAGAAACAUUGAAGCCGGACUUGGAGUUGAUUGACAAGCGAAUUGUGCAGCCGGCCCAGGAAUUGUUGAAGGUGAUCAAUGCCAUCCGCAAGAUGGCAACCAAGAGAGACCACAAGCAGGUGGAUUUGGACAGACACAAGAGAUCGUACAAGAAAUACGAGGAGAAGAAGGAGAGAACUGCCAAGGACGAAGAGAAGAUGUACAAUGCCGAGGCUGAGGUGACAAUUGCCCAGGAAGAAUACGACUACUACAAUGAGAUGUUGAAGCAAGAACUACCAAUUUUGUUCCAGAUGCAGCGCGAGCUCAUCAAGCCAUUGUUCGAGUCAUUCUACUACAUGCAAUUGAACAUUUUCUACACGUUAUACUUCCGCAUGGAGGAAUUGAAGAUUCCUUACUUUGACUUGAAUCUGGACAUUGUCGAAGCAUACCACGCCAAGAAAGGAAAUAUCGAGGAGCAGGCCGACGCCAUCGGGAUCACCCAUUUCAAAGUGGGCCAUGCAAAAAGUAAAUUGGAGGCCACCAAGAGAAGACACCAGAUGAUGAAUGGUGGUUCUGCAUCACCAACUGCUGCAAGUUCUGCCGGAACGCUUCCUCCUUACUCUCCUGGCCAAAACCAGUACGGUCAAUUCGGAACUGGAAAUGAGAAGCAGGGAUACCAAUCAGCGACGCAAACGCCCAGUAGCACGGGGGGUUACCAAACAUACCCCUCACCGGGCCAGCAGCAAACACAACCACAGUAUUCUGCACCCGCAACGCUGUACAGCCCUGCUGCAGCAAGCCCACCCGUCUACAAUGCCUCACCUGUUCCCCCUGCUACACCUAUGGGAGCUCCCGCUGUUGCAGAGACAUGCACAGCUUUGUACGACUACACAGCCCAGGCCCAAGGUGACUUGACAUUCACUGCCGGGGCUGUGAUACAGGUAGUCGAGAAGGGAGAUGCCAAUGCCUGGUGGAAAGGAACUUACAAUGGACAGACUGGUGCCUUUCCCGGAAAUUACGUGCAGUUGAAUCCUCAGUGAGCUCCCUGGUUGGGUCUCAUGAAACAUCGAGUGGCACCCUGAAUACUUGAACAGAGAAUCAAUUUUGUAUGUGUAGACUAGACUGUCGUUGUAAAUCAUGAAAAAACUUAGAUAUCGCAGAAAGGUAAAAUGCUAUCGAUUGGUCGAGAAAGACAAUGCUGCCAAGACAGCCUAUACUGCACGAGUAGAGGGCAACGAACUGAAUAACUCCAUCACAUCGCUCGCAACCAAGAGAAGCAUCUUUCAUGCAGAACGUUCUAACGAGGAUUAUAGCAGAGUGGCAAGCAACCCAAGAAAAAUAAUAUAUUAUCUCCAC